CACGGGGGCAGCUCCGCGGGGCGGGGCAAGUCGUCGGGAGAGCGCCAUGGCAGCCCUACGCGCCUUGCUGCCUUUACUCCGCAUACAGCUGCGCCCCGCGGCCCGCUGCUACGCCCUGCGUUCCUUCGCCUCGGGUGCUAACUUUCAAUACAUCAUCGCAGAAAAAAGAGGGAAAAAUAACAAUGUGGGCUUGAUCCAACUGAAUCGCCCCAAAGCACUUAAUGCACUUUGCAGUGGCCUGAUAGAGGAGCUCAACCAGGUACUGGAGACCUUCGAGAAGGACCCAGCUGUGGGAGCCGUUGUCCUCACUGGUGGGGAUAAGGCAUUUGCAGCUGGGGCUGAUAUCAAGGAAAUGCAGAACCAGACGUUCCAAGAUUGUUACUCUGGCAAGUUCUUGAGCCACUGGGACCAGCUCUCCCGCUUCCAGAAGCCAGUCAUAGCUGCUGUCAAUGGUUAUGCUCUUGGUGGGGGCUGUGAGCUUGCUAUGAUGUGCGACAUCAUUUAUGCUGGGGAGAAAGCCCAGUUUGGACAGCCAGAAAUCUUACUGGGAACUAUUCCAGGUGCAGGAGGCACCCAGAGACUGACUCGUGCUGUGGGAAAGUCGCUGGCCAUGGAAAUGGUCCUCACUGGCGACCGGAUCUCAGCGCAGGAGGCCAAACAAGCAGGUCUUGUAAGCAAGAUUUUUCCUGUUGAGACAUUGGUUGAAGAAGCCAUCCAGUGUGCAGAAAAAAUUGCCAGCAAUUCCAAAAUUAUAGUCGCGAUGGCCAAAGAAUCAGUGAAUGCAGCUUUUGAAAUGACGUUAACAGAAGGAAAUAAGUUGGAGAAAAAACUCUUUUAUUCAACCUUUGCCACUGAUGACAGAAAAGAAGGGAUGAGUGCAUUUGUGGAGAAGAGAAAGGCCAACUUCAAAGACCAGUGAAAACUGACUGCCUCGACCUUAAACCUCUACUUUAAGAUGAAAAAUACAGUUUGUGAGUUUUAGAAGUGA